AUGGCCCAAAACGCGAAAAUCUCCGGCCUUACGGAUGAGUUGAUACAAUCCAUACUGAGACACGACCCUGCCGCAAACAAACAGGCCUACAGGCAUGCUAGAGAAAUCGCAUCACGCAAUCUUCGAGGGCAUCAGUAUGCAAGAACGAAUCAAUUCGAUGUUACGGCUAGCUUUAAAGGACUUGAUGAGAAGUUUCGCAUCAAGAACCGCGAUGAUCUCGCCGAUGCGCUCCAAACGCGUCUUCAGAAGCUGGAAGGAUACACGAACAAGUAUAAGCCAGAGUUUCUGUCUUUAUUACUUCAACUAGCCGAUCGACCUUUGGAGAACACUGAGGUUGAAGCACUGGAAUUGCUUAGACCGCCUAGCCCUCCCCCACCACUGACAUGGGCGGAGAUACUAGAAAAUGACCCAUACAGCGAUGAAGAUAUCUGGAAGGAUAUCGACUAUGGCGUGGACUCGUCGGGCGACGAAAAGUUGCCUAAGAAGCGCAGGAAGGCCCCUAGCACACCAUCAACCAGCUUCGAUGAAGAUGACAAAUUUGAUCCGGAGGAUUGUGUGACAUCGACAGAGAAAGAUCUUGUUGCGAGACUGGAGGAAGCACAAUUCUGGACUUCGGGCGCGCAUGGAGGCAGCAGCGACGUGUGUAUAACGGAACCACAGGCCGUACGGGAGACGCUGUUCAUGUUUGGUGGGCUGAAGACGAGCUUAUAUCGUACCGACAAAAACGACAUUUGCUCCAAUACGACCUAUCUAGUUGACAACAACCGAUCAGCCGCAAUCGCACAUCUUCUUUCGCAGUUGGCCGACAUUGGCACACACAUAGAGGCGAUGCGACGCUGGACACUGCAUCAGCGAACUAAGCAACCAUCAACAUCACCUCUUAUUCAGACCUUUGAGGCUGCCGUACGGAAACGACUACUUUACUUCGACCGCUCCUUGUCCACGAUGCAGCAACGAUAUCUGAUACCUGAUGCUCCACUCCCUGUCAGUUUAUUGUCGCUACACGGUGAUGUACGAGCAUUGUGUUACCCUAUUCUACGCCUUGCACCGAUUGUAAACCAUCUUAAUCAAUCGAUGACGAACCAAGAUCCACAAAUGCUGGUAAACCCCUUCUAUCACCUGGAGGCACUGUACGAGCAGACCACUCUGGCACAAAUGACGUUGGAAGACGAAAUCUUCACAUACAUGUCUGAGAUAUUCUUCGAGUGUUUACAGACGUAUCUAAAGCCGAUACGACGGUGGAUGAAGAUUGGCGAGCUUGGUCCCGAUGAAGAAAACUUUUUUGUCAUUUCGAACGACGCAAAGAGUGAUACUGCCUCUUUGUGGCACGAUCGCUUUAUGCUCCGCCACAACCCCGAGGAAGGCCUACAGCUGCCCGCCUUCUUACAGCCAGCGGUUAAGAAGAUAUUCAACACCGGUAAAAGUGUCAUUUUCCUAAAGGAGCUAGGCAUCUACGACACAAACCUACAUUCUUCAGUAGUUGAGCCACGCCUCGACCACGAAACAGUGUGCCGUGCAUCGGAUGAUGUCCCCCUCUCGCCUUUUCCAGAACUGUUUCAAACAGCGUUCGAGACAUGGAUACGUAGCAAGUAUUCGGUCGCUUCGAAUGUACUUCGCCGACACAUUUUCGAGGCCGAUGGCCUGAUGCGAGUGUUGCACGUAUUCGAAAUUCUAUACCUGGGCAAGAAUGGCGCUGUCUUCGAGGACUUUGCGACUGCGAUCUUUGAGCGCAUGGAUGCUGGCAGGCGAGGAUGGAACGAUCGAUACGUACUGACAGAACUUGCGCGAGGCAUAUUCAGCACGAUCCUGACUGAUUCGGAUGCAGAGAAACUUGUCGUUCGUUCUAUGAAAAUGAAGGCACAAGGAAGCUCUGUCAAAGGCUUAGCCGCUGUUUCUGUGGACUAUGCGGUCCCUUGGUCGAUUCAAAACAUCAUCCAACGCUCGUCUAUACCCAUCUACCAGGAAAUUUGUACAUUCUUGAUGCAGAUCUACCGAGUCAAAUACCAACUGCAACGCGCCCGCAUUCGCGCGUCCAGAAAGGCUCGGCCACCAAUAUUCUUCAAAGUCCUGCAACGCUUGAAUUGGUUCGCUGAUGUCCUUCGUUCCUACGUAGCCGAAACCGCCGUUUUUCUAACCACACGAGACAUGAACUUGGCUAUAGAGAAGGCCGACGACAUUAACGGGAUGUCUCAAAUCCACGCUCAGUAUAUGGCAAAACUGCAACAACGAGCACUGCUUUCGAAGGAUGUGAAGCCAAUCCACAAAGCGAUAAUCGAAUUAUUGGAUCUUGGUGUAUUGCUCUCGCAAACUGAGGGCAAGGGUCUUGAGCAGGUAGACCAGGAGUCUGCAAGGCUCCUCCCUUUCAUUGCAGCGGGUUUGCGAAGUGUGGCGAGAGUUGGAGAGUCGAUGUGGGAGCAACUGGCGGAUCGACUGGAGGCCUUUUCACAUACUCCCAAACCAUAG